AUGUCAUCAAAAGAGUUAUUGUCGCAUGAAUUUAUUCGUCAGACUUAUGAAACUAGUGAUAAGUAUUUUGAGUGGUGUUAUGGAAUAACUCAAGAUCCGGUUUAUAAGGAUUAUAUGUUGGUGAUGGAUUACGCGAGGGAAGGGAAUCUUUAUGAUCACAUUAAGGAUAAAACCAUGAUCAAUCUAGAUUGGAUAAAGGUAAUAGAAGAUUGCUUUGAACUAGCAAAGAUGCUGAAUGGAUUACACAACAGAAAUUUGGUCCAUGGGAACCUUCAUGGGGGGAAUGUAUUGGCCACCAUUGAAGGAUUCGCGGUUACGGAUAUGGGUCUUGGGCAUCCAGCAGACAAGGUUCCAUUUGCAAAGAUUUAUGGUGUCUUACCAUUCGUCUCACCUGAGGUGAUUUGUGGUGGGAGGUACACGAUGGCAGCUGAUAUUUAUAGUUUUGGGAUCAUAAUGUGGAUGUUGGCAUCGAUGCAAUUACCUUAUGCUGAUAGAGCACAUGAUUUGGAACUUGCAAAGCAUAUUAUAAAUGGGUUACGUCCAACUAUUGAUAUAUUCAUCCCUGAUUUAUUUUUAAGUUUAAUGAAAAGAUGUUGGAGUGAUAAUGUUAAAAAUCGUCCUACAUCUAACGAAUUAUUAAAAUUAUUAUCCGAAUGGAGAUAUGCUUUGAAUAAUUUCGAUUAUACUGAUGAUGAUUUUCAAGAACAUUUAAUUAUUUCUCAAAUCGAAGAGGUUGAUGAUGUUUAUAUGGAUACGAACAUCGUUAGGGAACAUAACAUACACGAAAAGGCGGUUUUUACGAGUCAACUUAUCGACUUUUGUUCGUUACGUCAACAUCAUCAACAGAAUGAAUCUCCUAUUGACAAUUUACUCAAAAGUCAUCUAAAUAUAAUACCGUAUGAACAAUUUGACGAAGUUAAGCUGAUCUCACAUGGAGGAUAUAGUUCAAUGUAUUCAGCAAUUUGGACGAAAAAAAUCAAAGUUUCUUUGAAAAUGUUUCGAGAUUUUCCCGAUGUGAAUUAUGAAUUCCUUUCCUCGUUAAAUUCAUGCUUGAAUUUACGACAUUAUGAAAGAGGACCGCAAUAUUAUGGGAUAACAAGAGAUCCGAUAACGCACAAUUUUAUGAUCGUAAUGCAAUACUUUGAGAGGGGAGAUUUAUACAAUCAAACCUUUUUGGAUUGGAGGGAGAAAAUUCUUUCCCUGUUGAAGAUAUCGUUAAAGUUAAAAGAAAUUCAUGACCUUGGAUUAGUCCAUAAAAACCUUCACGGAGGAAAUUUAUUCCCGAUUGAUUAUGAUGAAUAUGAAUGGAUUAUAACGGACACGGGGAUAACUAAAUCAACGUAUUAUCAUUUGUACGGAGUGCUUCCAUAUAUGGCACCGGAAGUAUUACAGUAUAAUAAGUACACCCAUUCUUCAGAUAUUUAUAGUCUGUCGAUGAUAAUGUAUAUUGUCUUGACAGGUUUUAAACCAUUUCACACUAAAAGUCAUGAUAUUAAAUUGGCCACAAAAGUGAUCGUUCAACACAGGAGACCAAAAUUUUACUUUCCCGAAAAUUACAUUCCAAACGAUUAUUUAAAACUUUUAAAACAAUGUUGGUCUCAUUCACCUUCCCUUAGACCUGAUAUUAAUCAAAUCAUAAAUCUCCUUGAGGAUUGGCUGACCCAAUUAGAUCAUAGGUCUUCCACGAGGAUUACUCAACAAUUCUCAAAAUGUGAAACAUCUGGGCGUACAAAUCCAGCCGAUAUUUAUUACUGUGAAGAUGAUAGUUAUUGUAGUAGGGAUUUUACUGGUUGGAAAAAUAAACUUUACUUUUUAUAA